CAUACUACUACAGUUGUAACGUGCAUGUUCUAUGUUGCUGCUGAGUUCCAGACUGGAGUGAAGUCAAACUUAACAGACUAAUGUCCUGCCUCGCUUGCCGUAGGAAACACUGUGAAAGAAAACUGUGGACACUGUAUAACACGAUGGUAGUCAGUUAGCCUGCUAACCCUUUUAAGGCUAUUUAUUAUCAUGGCAAAAUGUUCGGUAAUAAGUCAGAAUUUGUCUGUUGAUGAGGGAGAAUGUGGAGGGGAUGUUGCUAAAUAAUGGGAAACGUUUUUGGGAGAAAGAGUAGCCCUUCGCGUGUAACGGAACAAGACAAAGCCAUUUUGCAAUUGAAGCAGCAGAGAGAUAAGCUAAAGCAGUACCAAAAGAGAAUCACCCUUCAACUGGAGAAAGAGCGACUUCUGGCAAAGCAGUUGCUAAAAGAUGGGAGGAAAGAAAAGGCACUGCUGCUUCUUAAGAAAAAAAGGUAUCAGGAUCAGCUACUAGACAAGACUGAAAAUCAGAUUUCAAACCUGGAGCGCAUGGUUCAAGAUAUUGAGUUCAUGCAAAUUGAGAUGAAAGUCAUUGAGGGGCUUGAGGUUGGCAAUUAUUGCCUGGAGAGUAUGCACCAGAUCAUGUCAAUUGAGGAUGUGGAGCGAAUCCUGGAUGAGACCCAGGAAUCAAUUGAAUAUCAAAGGCAAAUAGAUGAUAUCCUGGCUGGAGCCCUGACGCAGGAGGACCACGACGCUGUUUUAGCAGAGCUGGAAGCUAUCACUCAGGGAGAAGAUGUAGCCCUUCCAGAGGUCCCCAGUGAGUCAAUACCAGAGGUCCCAGAGGCAGCUAAAGCUGAACCAGAGAGGAGAGAAACCAAGAACAAGCCAGACAGAGAGAUGUUGGCAGCCUAACAGAUUAAAGGCGUGGUUGGGAGUAGACUGUCUUUGUACUGAUGGGCACUCUGUUAAUUUAAGUAUUCUAUUCUCAAUCAUUAGCACUUAAAGGUCUGACCUGCAGACAUCAGCGCAUCUUCACACAUUCUACAGGAAUUGCACUGUGUCUGCAUUCUGUUGCACUGCUCCCGUGAAGCAUCUACAUAAAGAAAGUGAAAAGUUUAUUUCUCUGUCUGACUUGGAUUAGAAACGCCAUGACACAUUCUAACUGUUUUGGUGCAACAGAAUGAAAGGACACAUUUUUAGAUGUUUUACAUAUUUGUUUCAGUUGUUUUACAUAAUAAAUAGAGCUGUGGCAA